AUGACUACCACGAGGAGCGUUCAACGCUUGCAGCAAACGGUUUCACACGUCUCACCAGCAACGGCGCCACUUCAAUGGUCCCUUGUCGCGGGUCCGAGACAGCCUGAACUGCUGGAUAUUACCCUGGGGGAGCUGUUGACUUUACAGGCCCUGCAGUAUGGCGAUUAUGAAUGUUUGGUCUUUCCCUGGACCGGGGCACGCUGGACGUACGCCUCUUUAAAGGAUGAGGCUGAGCGUCUCGCCCGAGGAAUGCUGGCCAUGGGGAUACAGAAGGGUGAUCGCAUCGGUGUGAUGGCUGGCAAUUGUGAACAGUACAUCGCUGUCUUCUUUGCCGCGGCCUUGGUGGGUGCCAUUCUGGUCGUACUCAACAACACUUAUACUCCCUCCGAGCUUUACUAUGCUCUGAACCACAGCGAAUGCCGACUGCUCUUUAUGACCCCGCGCAUUGGACGCCACAACCUUGAGGAAGUCCUCGCCGAGCUGGGACCUCGGCCGAAGCAGAAUGGACACUCGCAAUCGCUGGAGGAGAUCGUCAUUCUUCGCGGCGAAUACGACAAUUUCUCCACAUAUACCGACGUAAUUUAUCGCGGUCUUUCGCGGGCCGCUCAUGUGCUGCAGGAUCGCGGGUCUGAACUGCGCUCGGGCGAUGUUUGCAAUCUGCAGUUCACCAGCGGCUCGACCGGUAAUCCCAAGGCCGCCAUGUUGACGCAUCAUAACCUUGUCAACAACUCGCGCUUCAUCGGCGAUCGUAUGAACCUGACCUCCUUUGAUAUUCUCUGUUGCCCGCCGCCGCUCUUCCACUGCUUUGGGCUGGUCUUGGGCAUGCUGGCCGUUGUCACCCACGGCUCGAAAAUCGUCUUCCCCAGCGAGACCUUCGAACCCAAGGCUGUGUUGCACGCCAUCUCUGAUGAAAAAUGUACCGCACUACAUGGCGUGCCCACAAUGUUCGAAGCCAUUCUCGCUAUCCCCAAGCCACCCGACUUUGAUACCUCUAACUUGCGCACCGGCAUCAUUGCAGGCGCACCCGUUCCUCGACCGCUCAUGAAGCGCCUCCUGGAGGAACUGCAUAUGACGGAAUAUACGAGUAGCUACGGUCUUACCGAGGCAUCUCCUACAUGCUUCAAUGCCUUCACCACAGAUAGUAUCCACACGCGUCUGACCACUGUCGGGAAAGUGCUGCCUCACGCUCGCGCCAAAAUUGUUGAUGCCAACGGCAACAUCGUGCCGAUUGGCCAACGAGGAGAGCUUUGCAUCGCCGGCUACCAACUCACCAAGGGCUACUGGCACAAUCCGGAGAAGACCGCUGAGACACUUGUCACGGAUUCCCACGGCAUCACCUGGCUGAAGACCGGUGACGAGGCUUCCUUCGACGAAUACGGCUAUUGCAGUAUCACUGGUCGCUUCAAGGAUAUCAUUAUCCGAGGUGGAGAAAAUAUCUACCCCCUCGAGAUUGAGGAGCGCUUGGCGGCACACCCGUACAUCGAGCUGGCCUCCGUUAUCGGCAUUCCGGACCAAAAAUACGGCGAAGUGGUCGGGGCGUUCAUUCAAAUCACCCCUGGUCAGACCCGCCCCUCGGAUGACGACCUUCGGGCGUGGACGCGUGAGACCCUCGGUCGACACAAGGCACCGCAGCACGUGUUCGUAUUUGGCGAAGAGGGUAUUCCUAACACGGUGCCCAUCACGGGCAGCGGAAAGGUCCGGAAGGUGGAAUUGCGACAGGUGGCGACUAAUGCGCUGGCCCAACGAGGUCAGUGA